AAGAAAUGUUACAGAGGAAGGGGGAGGGUGCGGCAAACAAAGAAUUGCGCCUGCGCAAAACACUGAGUCUUGGUACCUGUGUCUGUACUUUUGUUCCAGCUUUUUUCAGGACUCUGCAAUCGGUCACCUCCAAUGGGAGAUCUUCCAGCAUUCCUGCCCACUUGGGUGCAGGCCCUGUGCGCUCGUAGAUGGGCCAGAGCUAUAUGGAACUCAUAGGGAGAGAGCUCUGCAGCAAGCUCCUGGGAGCGAGACUGCAGUGCCCAGUAGUACCACAAGAGGGCGCCGCAAACCAACUCGUCUUUCUCUCCUAUGUUGGCUUCUGCAGAGCUCGAGCCUGUUGGUUCAUUCUCUGGGCGGGAGAGGCUAAGAUUGACAACCUAUAGAAUUGAGGCGAGGUGUAGGAGAAAGAACCCGCAGAUAGGAUUAGGGCCCGAAACCUAGUGCAAGAUCUGUUCAUUAUUAGCCUGGGCACCUCACAGCUUUUCCGGGCUUCAGGAAAAGGCGAGGAUUGAACUGGAUCUUUUGGGUCUCUCCCAGUUUGGGCGUUCUGAGAGUCCUGUGACUUUGGGGUUCUCUCACGGGAGGACCUAGAGGGAAGGUGGGAGAAGAUGGGAGGGAGGGAGACUAUGAGGAUAGAAUCUCCCGAGGAGGCUAGGGCAUCGUAAGGAUUACCAGGAGAUCCAGUUUUCUUCUUUCUUAGCUCCCUUGGAUGUUAUGAACUGAAGGAGCUGGACCAGAUGAACUCCAUUCCAACCCCACAGUUCUAUGACAAUUUCUCAUUAUGCUGGUCCUAGUCUGUGUGCCUUAAUCUGAAAUUUCAUUUAUUUUUACUUCUCUUUUCUUCCCUCCUCUUCUCUCUCCUUUGCUCUUCUAUUUUCCUCUCUUCUGCUCCGUCUUGUCUUUGGGUUGUCUGUCUGUCUCUCUCUCUGUCUGUGUCUGUGUCUGUGUCUGUGUCUGUGUCUGUCUUGCUCUCUCUCCUUCCCACUCCAAUGCAUGCCCUAGAUGUCUCACAUCAAGUCACAGGCUCCUUGCCUCUGUCAUUUCACUGAUAACCAUCACUACAUCACUACCCUGCCCAUAAUGGGGUGGGACUCCCUCCGGCAGGCAGAGAGCAAAACAAGUGUCAGGAAACUAAACAGGUGGGUGUGGAGGAGUUAUCCGGAGAGGACUAAAGAAGGGAGACAGACUUGGAAAUCCAAGUGCACUUUUCCCGGAGCACUCCAAGGAAACGAAUUCAAAUUUCAACUUUAAUCCCAACUUCAAAGCAACCCCCAACAUCAAUCCUAUACCUUGUUCCUAAACCCAACCACAAUCUAUCCUGCUCUCCAUCUCCAAGCUCUCCUUGAAUCAUGGUUGUAUAUCGUAUCUGCGUGGCCACAGGCCACUACUUCUUGGCUGGGACCCUGGAUUCCAUCUCUGUCACUCUGGUUGGAACAAAUGCUGAGAGCCCCAAGCAGCGGUUGGAUCAUAUUGGCAGGGACUUCACUCGAGGGGCUGUUCAAAAAUACAAGGUAAACUGUUUCUGUGAACUAGGAGAACUCCUUCUGGUUCGGAUACACAAAGAGCGAUAUUCCUUCUUCCCUAAAGACUCUUGGUAUUGCAGCUACAUCACUGUCACUGACCCGGAUGAAGUGGUCACCUGCUUUCCCUGCUACCAGUGGAUUGAGGGCUACUGCACAGUGGAGCUCCGUCCAGGCACAGGAAAAACCAUCUGCCAUGACUCCCUCCCUUUGCUCUUGGACCAUCGGAAAAAGGAGCUCAGGGCCAGACAAGAGUGUUACCGUUGGAAAAUCUAUGCCCCUGGUUUUCCCAGAAUGGUGGAUGUCAACAGUUUUGAGGAGAUGGAAUCAGACAGAAAAUUUGCUCUGACAAAGAUGACACCCUCUGCAGACCAGGAUUUCAGUGGGAAUCGCUACCUGCCAGGCUUCACCUUCAAGAUAGACAUCCCAUCCCUGUCCCACAUGGAUCCAAAUAUCCGAUACUCAUUCACCAAGACGGCAUCUCUACUCUCCAAUGCUAUACCUCCAUCCUUGGGUAUGAAGCUUCGUGGUCUCUUAAACCGGCAGGGUUCUUGGAAGAAGCUGGAUGACAUCAGAAAGAUCUUCUGGUGCCACAAAACAUUGACCUCACAGUAUGUGACGGAGCACUGGAAGGAGGACCACUUCUUUGGCUACCAGUAUCUGAACGGCGUGAAUCCUGUCAUGAUCCAUCAGAUCUCCAAUCUGCCCAGCAACUUCCCUGUCACUGACCCCAUGGUGGCUCCCUCCCUAGGUCCCAGCACCUGUCUGCAGGCUGAGCUGGAGAAGGGAUCAAUUUUCCUGGCGGAUUACUGGAUCCUUGGGGAAGCUCCGGUGGGCCAUCUGAAUGGCAGGCCCCAAUAUGUGGCUGCCCCACUCUGCCUACUUUGGCUCAGCCCUCAGGGUGUUCUUUUGCCCUUGGCCAUCCAGCUCAGCCAGACACCUGGUCCAGACUGCCCCAUAUUCCUGCCCAGCGACUCAGAAUGGGACUGGCUCCUGGCUAAGACUUGGGUGCGAAAUUCAGAGUUCCUCAUCCAUGAGAACAACACUCAUUUCCUCUGCACCCAUCUCCUCUGUGAAGCUUUUGCCAUGGCUACCCUGCGCCAGCUUCCCCUCUGUCACCCUAUCUACAAGCUCCUGCUCCCUCACACAAGAUACACGCUCCAAGUGAACACCAUUGCCAGGGCAACCCUGCUGAACCCUGAAGGUCUGGUGGACCAGGUCACAUCCAUUGGGAGGCCAGGCCUGCUAUACCUGAUGAGUACAGGCCUUGCCCAUUUCACCUAUACCAUGUUCUGCCUCCCUGACAACCUCAAGGCCCGGGGGGUCCAGUGCCUCCCCAACUACUACUACCGUGAUGAUGGCAUGAAGAUAUGGGAAGCCAUUGAGAAAUUUGUCAGUGAAAUUGUGAAUUACUACUACCCCAGUGACACCUUUGUACAGCAGGAUUCAGAGCUCCAGGCCUGGGUGGGCGAAAUUUUUACCCAGGCUUUCCUGGGCAGGAAAAAUUCAGGUUUCCCAAGCUGCUUCAAUACCACAGAAGAGCUGGUGAAAUUCCUCACUGCUGUCAUCUUCAACUGCUCUGCUCAGCAUGCAGCUGUCAACAGCGGGCAGCAUGACUUUGGGUCCUGGAUGCCAAAUGCUCCAUCAUCUAUGAGGAACCCUCCACCCCAAACUAAGGGUACAACCACACUUAAGACUUACCUGGACACCAUCCCUGAGGUGAACAUCACUUGUAAUAAUCUCCUUCUCUUCUGGUUGGUCAGCCAAGAACCCAAGGACCAGAGGCCCCUGGGCACAUAUCCAGAUGAACAUUUCACAGAAGAAGCCCCCAGGCAAAGUAUUGCUGCCUUCCAAAAUUGCCUGGCACAGAUCUCUGAGGAAAUCCAGGAUCGGAACAAGACCCUGGACCUACCUUAUGCCUACCUAGACCCUCCCCUCAUUGAGAACAGUGUUUCCAUUUAGCACACCCCACCUUUUGAUACCUCUAGUAGCAAACAGGAUCUCUGAUGAUCUCCAUCUUUCUCUAGCCCUUCAGAGAGAAAGACACAAACUUGGGUAAAAUAAAAGCCAUCCCUUGCUCCCAGGUCUAACAGAUCUCUAAAGGUCAUUUCAUCUAUAUCCUUGCCUCUCUGCCAGUUGAUACCAGGCUUCUUCUACACACACACACACACACACACACACACACACACACACACACACACAUUUCCCCCCACCCCCCCACAGAUGGGUACUCUGUGAAAUGUGGAGCCUCCUCAUCACUCCUAUGAAGUGAAUAAGAACCUGGAAGUCUUCCCCAAACAAUCCUCUCCCAACUUAGUUUUCUGUGCCUCUUCCCCCAAUAUAUCUCCUUUCCCUGCAAUAUUCUCCUGCUAUAGCCCUCCCCUUAAAGCUCCUUAGGUGGGGCUCAGGUCAGGCCUAGACAAUACCCAACAUUACUACCACUAAGAGACAGAAAGGAGAUUGUCUUUCUAAGGAUUUUGCCAGGACACUUUGACCCUUGAAUCUUUAGAGAUCAUCAGGGACUAGAUAGUCCUAUCACCACAGUCCCUAGUCAUGAUUGGUUCCUGGGAUUCUUGGAAUGUCACAGUUAUUUGGAUUCUGGAGGACUCAUCAGCCAGAGUCCUCAUUGUCUACCUUCUCUCAGAUUUCCUAUCCUUCAGCUCCUGAGCCAGUCUAAUUUAAUAAACUCUAAUGUUAUCAGC